AACUUAGUGCUAGUGCUUCCUAUAAAGCCAAACAUAGAUGGCUUUUCCUUUGUAAAAAUUCAACACUUCCUCUUUCCUACUCCUUUCAAUAGUGUUUCAAAAAUCUCUUUUUUACCCAUGGAUAGCACACAACUUCAUGUUGCUAUAGUCUCAAGCCCUGGCAUGGGCCAUUUAAUCCCAGUACUAGUCUUAGGCAAUCAAUUAGCCACUCAUCAUAAUAUCAAAAUUACAAUUCUUGCUAUUACAACAAGCUCUUCAUCGUCCGAAAUCGAAUUUGCCAAGAACUCCAAUGGAAAAAAAACUAUCGAAAUAAUUCCAGUUCCAUCGGUCGAUAUUUCCCACCUAAUGGACUCAAACACUAAAGUUUUCACUCAACUACGUCUAUUGGUCCGCGAAGCUUUGGCAGGAAUUCGUUCUGUCAUAGCAUCGAUGAACCAUUGUCCAGAUGCUCUCAUAGUCGAUAUUUUCUGUACACAAAUAUUACCCAUAGCCAAAGAAUUUAACAUUCCUAAGUACGCGUUCCAUCCUACUACAGCAUGGACGAUAUCUUUAGCUCUAUACUGCCAAGUUUUUGACAAAGAAAUUGAGGGCGAAUAUGUUGAUCUUAAAGAACCUUUGAAAAUUCCGGGUUGUAAAGCAUUACGAGUUGAUGAUGUGGUUGAUCCUAUGUUGGAUCGAAGCGAUCAACAAUAUCAGGAGUAUCUUAAGCUAGGAAUGGAAUAUGCGUCUUUUGAUGGAAUUUUGAUUAAUACUUGGGAAGAUUUGGAGCCUAAUACUAUCAAAGCGCUUCGAAAUAAUGAUAACUUGAGAUCAGUUCUAAAGGUGCCACAUUUUCCAAUCUAUCCAAUUGGCCCCUUGAGGAGAAAGGUUGAAACAAUGGAACCUGAUGAGGUGAUUCAAUGGUUAGACAAACAAAAUCAUGAAUCAGUUCUAUUUGUAUCUUUUGGAAGUGGUGGAACCCUAUCUUCACAACAAAUAAUUGAGCUUGCUUGGGGUUUAGAAUUAAGCCAACAAAAAUUUGUUUGGGUAAUACGUCCACCCUGUGAUGGUGAUGCAGAUGUUGAAUAUCUUAAUUCUGUAGGAAAAGAGACACGUGGCAUGCAAAAAUACUUACCUGAGGGAUUUCUAACUAGGACCAAAGAUAUGGGCCUAGUAGUGCCUAUGUUUGUCAAACAAGUUGAGAUUUUGGGCCACUCUUCAGUGGGUGGAUUUCUAUCGCACUGUGGAUGGAAUUCGAUUAUAGAAAGCUUGACAAAUGGCGUUCCAAUAAUUGCAUGGCCAUUAUAUGCCGAACAAAAAAUGAACGCCACCAUGUUGGCGGAGGAGAUAGGAGUCGCGAUUCGACCGGGGAUUUUGCCAACGAAGAAGGUGGUUAGGAGAGAGGAGAUAGAAGGAAUGGUGAUAAUGUUGAUGCAAACAAAUGAAGGGGAAGGAAUAAGAGAAAAUGCUAAGAAAUUGAAGAUGAGCUCGGAAAAUGCAUUAAAAGAAGGAGGUUCUUCUUACAACUCAAUUUGUGAGCUUGUAAAGAAUAUUAGGUGUAGAUUGUUAUGAUGAGUCCGUUAUCUUUGUGUACGUUUUUUUUUUUUUUGAAAUAAACUUAUCUUCAAGAGAUUUGAUUUUAUAGUCCUUGUAUAAAUAAUUUGAAAAGACAAUUUUAAUUUGUAAGUGACACUUUCAAUGCAUUGA